CGCGCCCGUCAGGAAGUGACGUGUCGAGCGGAGCCAGAGGAAGUUUGUGCGGGCGCUGGGAGAGAAAGUUUCCCCGGAGCUGAGGCGCUUGGAGCGGGAAGAAUCCAGACGGAGCCGCCGCUGCUGCACCGGAGCUCACCAGCCGAUAAAACGCGUCGAGCGGCGGGUGGAUGUGGUUUGGGGCUGCGGUGGAUCCGUGUGUCCGUGUGAUCGUCUGCCUCUCCGCCGAGGGAUGGGGAAGGAGCAGGAGCUGCUGGAGGCGGCGCGCACUGGGAAUCUGGCCGCCGUUGAGAAGCUCCUGUCCGGGAAGCGGCAGUCGGCCGGGUCGGGCUCCGCCGGUGGAGCGGGAUCCUCCGGGAAUGUCGGUACUGGCGGACACAGCUCUUCCCACACGCUCUCCAGUCUGCUCAGUAUCUGGAGGGGCCCGAAUGUGAACUGUGUGGACAGCACUGGAUACACUCCUCUACACCACGCGGCUCUCAAUGGACACAGUGAGGUUGUGGAGCUGCUUCUGCGUAAUGAAGCUCUGACGAACAUCGCUGAUAAUAAAGGCUGCUUCCCACUGCAUCUGGCGGCCUGGAAAGGAGACCAGCGCAUCGUCAAAAUGCUCAUCCAUCAGGGGCCAUCGCACCCCAAACUCAACGAACAGAGUUCUGUAGAUGAGUUCAAACGCUGCGGCCCCUUUGACCCCUAUAUUAAUGCCAAGGUGCUGAAGAUCACGUUAUUGGGCCACAGGAAGCGCAUCAUCGCAUCACUCGCUGAACGGCCCUAUGAGGAGCCUCCAGUCAAACCACCGCGCCUCUCUCAGAUCAGAUGUCAGGAUCUGGUGUCUCAGACGUCGUCUCCUCUCAGUCACUCAGACUCCUACACUCGCUCUAUGGACCCGCUUUUACCUGCAGGGGACUCUGGGAAGAGGAGAGGGCCGGAUUCAGAGUAUGACCUGGCCAUCCGGCAGCGGCCCAAUGACAGAACGCAGACGCAGGAGCGAUAUGAGGACCGGCAGCGCCUGACCCUGCGGCCCCCGAGUCUGGCAGCCCCAUACACCCCCGUCCAGAACUGGCACCAUCAGCCUGAGAAGCUGAUCUUUGAGGCCUGCAGUUACGAGGCCAACUAUCUGGGCUCGAUGCUCAUUAAAGAGCUCAGAGGAACGGAGUCGACGCAGGACGCCUGUGCUAAAAUGAGGAGGUCGACAGAACAGAUGAGGAAGAUCCCCACUAUCGUUCUCUCCAUCACAUACAAGGGCGUGAAGUUCAUCGAUGCUGCCAAUAAGAACAUCAUAGCAGAGCAUGAGAUCAGGAACAUCUCGUGUGCGGCUCAGGACCCGGAGGAUCUCUGCACCUUCGCCUACAUCACUAAAGAUCUGCUGAGCAGCCAUCACUACUGCCACGUCUUCAGCACCGUCGACGUGAACCUGACCUAUGAGAUCAUCCUGACGCUGGGACAGGCGUUUGAAGUGGCCUAUCAGCUGGCACUGCAGGCCCAGAGGAGCCGCCAGCAGCAGAGCUCAGCCGGAGCAGCAGAACUGAUCGACACCAAGAGCAGCAGACCCGUCCCCAAACCACGGGCCAGCAUGCGCAAGUCUGGGGUGGAGGCGAUGGAUGUGGAAGCUCCCGGUCAGAGCAGCGCUUCCUGGAUCCUGGACUCCAAAGACCCCAAACGCACCGUCAGCACCAAGCGUCGACAGCAGUGAGGCGCUGAUGAAGACCGCUCUUCCUCCUCCUCAGUUUGAGCUGGAUUACUCUAACAUGUAGCAGCAGAUUGAAAAGUCAGUUCUGCCAAGGAUUAUGGAAAGAGGCACUUUCUGUGAAUACAGUACAUUUUGGUGCACCUUUAUUGUUUAGGCAGUAAAUGCUCAUAUUGCUUAUUUAGAGGGGAAUCUCUCGCAAAUACAUGUCAGAAUUAUUCACCCUCCUGUAAAAUCAUUA